CUUAAAAUUAUUAACUAGUAAUUUUUUUUUCGAGAAAAAUGUCGUACAUUACGAAAAAAUUAAGUGGUGUCAUUUUUUGCAAUCUAAGUCGUUCUUUUGCACCUAAAAGUUUUAAUUAUUAUUAUACAAAAGAUUUAAAAAUAUUUUCUACACGGUCAAAUUAUUUUUUGCCAAAUGUUAGUUUCUCCUCUCAAAUUCAAACCUAUGCAAAGAUUGAUGAAAAUCAUAUCCCAAACAUACUAAAAAAAUUAACAUUGAAUAAUGUUUCCCUUCAAUUUGAUAAAAUUAUACAAAUUCGUCCAAAUUUGUUCAAAAAUUAUGGCAUAAAUGUUGAAAAUGGAUUCAAAAUAUUAAAGUCAUGCAGUCAAUUGAUUGAUCGAAGUGCCGAAGAACGCAUUAAACUAGUAAACGAUGUAUGGAAUGAACUGUUAAAAAUUAUUGGAACACCAACAAAAGAUCAUUUAAUACUUUUGUUGAAGGCGUACCGACAAGCCGGCCUAAAAAAGAUGGACAAUUACCACUCAUUUUUCGAAAAAUACAAUUGUACAAUCGAUGCUGAUAUAUUUGGGGAAUUGAUGUACAUUAUGUGCAAAAAUGGAGACACGAUGGAAAGUGCUGAAGCACUAUUGAAGGAAAUUGAAAUUCUCGAUAUCCAGUUGAAUGACCAAGUUUACAAUGCUCUUAUUCUGGGAUAUUCCAAACAAGGAAUAGACUCAGUAAAAAAUGUUCUCAAAACUAUGGAAUCGAAAAAAAUCACGCCAACUUUGGACACUCAGACCGAAUUGAUUAAAUCAUAUAUCAAACAUGGGUAUAAUGACACGGCAAUGGAACUACUUCAGCAAUUCAGGGAUUAUAAUAGUGAUCAACUUUAUGAUAUAAUUCGAUGUGGUGCACAUAACAACAAUGAAGCCAUUGUAAGCAAUGCAUUGAGCUUAUUGCCACAAACAAUCAUAAAUGCGAAAAUGAUAGAACGAAACAUUCAAAAUAUUUGCAUAGAAUUGAUUCAUUCUAAUCGAAACCGUUCAAAUGAAGUCAAAGUGGAUCUUUAUAAAUUUAUUAUUCGACAUUUGCCGGUACCGAAACAACAGAUGGACGAUAAUAGUUCAGAAUAUGGGACAUUUUUAAUUAGAGAAAUGGUUGUAACAAAAGAAAUUGAAGCGAAUAUUUUUCAAUUUUGUGAAAAUCUAAUAGAAAGUGAAAGAAACUCAUAUUCAUUUCAUGCUUGUUGCAUGUAUUCGCUAAUGUUUAAUUUUCCAAAAUCUCGUGCUUUUCUUGAAGCAUUAGCUGCACGGGAACCAUUGCGACCGCACUACUUCUGGCCACUGUAUAUUCAUGCUAACACACAAAAUGAAGUUGUAGAAAUUAUUAGAUUUGGGAAAAAAUUGAAUGCCAUACCUGAUACAAUAACAAUUUUGAAAUGGAUUCUCCCACGGGCCAAUACAUUGAUAAAUUCUGAAGAAACGAUUAACACAUUGGCCGAGGCUGGCGUUCGAAUGCAUGAGUUAAAAACGGCUGCUAUAACUUAUUUGUUAAGUAAACACCGACCAAGAGAAGCAUUGAACAUAGCAAGUCGUUCAAGUGCAUAUAUUGAUCCAUUUCCAUUUGUUCAACCAGCAAUAAGCAACUAUUUCCGAAGUCCAAACUACAAACGAAAUGUUGGUCCUGCUGUCACAUUGAUAAAAAAACUUCGAUGCCGUGAUAAAGAAUAUGAUUUAGCUGGAGAAGCUAUUUUAUCGAUUUGUACUAAAAAAGACCAAACCGCUGGAUUUCCUUUAACUCAAAAGAUAUUAACAGAUUUUGCUUUCCAUAAAGUGAAAAUUUCGGCACACGCAGCCAAUAAGAUAUUGAGUAGAUUGUCUAAGCAUCGACAAGUUCAUGAGAAAUUUGGUUCAGUUGUACAGAAUUUGAUUUGCUAUGAUAUGUUUCCCAAUACACAAACCACCUCGGAUACAAUCAAAAUCGGAUCGGAGGUUGAGACAUUACAAAAGCAACUUAAUGAAUUUAAAGAAAAUGGUUUACCAACGCAUGGUAUUUUAUAUCGUCUUUUCUUAAAACACGUUCAAUACGAACAAUAUGACCAGGCAAUUGAAAUAAAAAAGGAAUGUGACAAAGUGGGAGUUGUUUCUGAAACACCGGCCAUGCUAUCAUCGCUAUUAAAACUAUGGACUGCAACCAAUUUAGAUGAUGAAGCUCUUCGUGUUUUGAAGAUUCUAACUAGCAAACAUCCACAUUUCAAAGUCGACUAUUACAAAAUAAUUGACUUGGCAACACUGUUGCUCUCAAAGAACAGACUAGAAGAUGGAAACGAACUGAUCAAAUGUUUAGAUGUGUGUAGAACAGAUAAUUCACAUUUAAUCAAGAAUAUUUGGGCUCUAUUGGAAGCAGCCAGUGAAUAUAGCAUUAGGCAUAACAAAGAGGAAAAUCUUGCUGGACAAUUUCUAAAUGUGUUGGUCAAAAAUGGAUAUUGUGAUUACUCAAAUAUUCUUCUAGGUUGCGUGAUUAAAGAAUACGUACAUAAAAAACAAAUUCAUGAAGCGUUUGCAGCAUUCCAACAUUUUGCAAAUGAAUAUAAGAGCACACCUCACUUCCAAAAUUUGUUAAUGCUCUUAAUUGAAAUAUUAAAUGAUGAAAACAAAAUGGAAUAUAACAUUACGAAACAAAACGCAAUUGAAUACAUGCAACGAUUAAUUGAUUUGGGGCAGCAAGUUCAUGGGACACAGAAUUCAAAUUGUAAUGUUAUUGUAGCAUUUGCCACUGUAGGAAAUGAUGAACAGGUGCGGAAGAUGUUAAUGGAUCCGAAUGUUAAAUUCAAUUCAGAAUUUAUAAUGAAAACUUUGAGUUAUUUAAAAGGUCAAAUGCAAAUUAGUGCUGUUACACGUAUUGCAAGAUGUGCUCGUGGGCUCAAUCAUACAUCCCUGAAUGAAGAAAAACUAUACCUAUUACUUUUAAAUAACUUUGUUCGCACCAAUGACUGUAAAAUGGCUGUAAACCUUUUUUACGAAUUAGAACAAGACGAUAGUUCUGUUAUUUCAAAAAAUUUCAAGAGAACACUUGCCGAUCUUUUAAAGAAAAACAAACAAAAAUUGCCUGAGAAAUUAAGUACAUAUUAAAUUCAUCCAUUCAUCUGUUUUUUUCGUGAAUAAAAUGAUAAUAAAUUAAAAUAUUAAA